AUGGCUGAUCCUCACAAUUCGCGACUGCCAUCAGUGGCAUCGAGCAGCACCACGGCCCAGGCUUCCACUGACAUUAUGGCCAACGCACAAGUGCCCACCUUUGCGAACAUUGAGGAUCGAGUCAAGGCCAAGGAGAGGAUUCGUGAAUUGGGCAUCCAACGUCUUCAGGACAUUCAAGAAAUUCUCAAGAACGAUCAAGCAGGAAAAUUGCAAGAAGUUGGGGAUUGGAUUGCCAGCCUUGCAAUCCUCCUGGAAGCUCAUAUGUCUCGGGAAAUUCUCGUGGGCAUCCUUGGAGAGACAGGUAUGGGCAAGAGUUCCUUGUUAAACGCCCUUCUUGGUAGCAACAUUGGGCCUACCAGCCAGUCAGAAGCAUGCACAGCAGCCGUGUGCAUUUUCGCUUGGAGCUCUGACCUCGACAAGAAAUCGUUCUCUGCCCAGAUCACAUUCAAGAACAGGGAGACAGUGGAAGCAGACUUGUAUGCUUUCAAAGAGGAAUGGGCCGAAAUCGAGGAAGCCGAGAACACGAACGGAGAUGACCAAGACGAAAACUAUGAGAUCCGCCUCGCUGAAAUCAACCAGAAAGUCACUCACGUACAGAAUUGGUCUGGUCUCGCGAAAGCGCAGAUUCACGCAUUAUCACCCAAGAUGAUCCUGAAGCGAUCCAACGCUUUCGCGAAGUUUUUCAGAAACGGACGAGGCGAAAAAACUGAAAACAGUCACGAGAAAAUCUCUCCCACCAACCGCACCAACUUUCUCAAUCAGCUGAAGCCUUACGUGGACAGCUCCAAGUCGGCUGAUACCAAGUCUCCUAGAUACUGGCCCUUGGUGGAGAAGGUGGAAAUCUUCCUCAGCUGCGAAAUUCUUCGCCACGGCGUCAAACUGGUUGAUCUACCCGGCUCGCAGGACGCCCUUUCAUGGCGCUCUCAGGUUGCUGAGAACUAUCGCAGUCAACUCGACAAGAGAAUUGUGGUGGCUCCCGCUACACGAGCCGCCGAUAACAAAGCUGCAUCGGAUUUUAUCUUCUCCAAGCAAGACUCAGAUGAGUUGCUGAUGAACGACAUGAUGAAGAGCGAAUCGCUCUGCGUUGUUGUCACCAAGGUUGACGAGAUCGACUGCAACUCUGCCGAGAGCGAGUUUCCAAAUGAGAACAUCAUCCAAGUUUGCGAAGCUCUUAACAAUCUCGAGGAAGCCGAGGAAGAGCUUACAGAAGAGGAUGAAGACGCAAGCUACCAACAUGAAGGGAAAGGCAAAGGCGUUGCUCAAAAGUCUAUCCUGGACAAAGAAACCAGGGCUCACGUUUUGGAAAGCGGGAAGAUUGACAGUUCUUUGAGCGAAGACGAUCUCAGAUUCCUUCUCAAGCAUCUUUGCAUAGAGGCCCGAAACACUCAGCUGAAAAAGAUAAUCAACGAUCAUCUACUCGAGGCGAUGAGUAAGGAGUCGAAGGAUGGUGAAGCAGCCUCAGCAGCCCUGCCCUGUGUCUUGCCGGUUUCCAGUAAAGCCUUUCAAGAUUUCAAGCGAAAGAAAAGAACACUUGAUUCGUACGGAUUCCCGGACAGGGAGUCUACUGGAAUUCCAGCCUUGAGAGAAUGGCUGGAUCGCGUUUCUCUGCAUCACCGAGAGGAAUGGGCGGAUUUCGACAUACACCAUAUCCGGGUGCUGCUCGAUGCAGCUCAUGCGUGGAUACACGGUGAUGACAUGAAUCUCCCUUCUCUGGAUGAGAGCGAGAAAACAAGAGUACAAAUGAGAUGCGAGCUCAUCUCGAAAAGGCUGAAGGAGAUCGUCAACGCGAGAGUGCGGACUCGGCUUCGCAUCAAUUUGAGCAAUAUGAAACCUUUCCGAGACAGUCCCUUGAUCAAGGGAAGACUUGGAAAACAUUCAAAGCAAGGCGGCGGGCAAUUGAGGAAGGCCAGCGAGAUCCUUCGAAGGUCUGCCAAAGGGUGGAGGCUGAAGAACCCUUGGGGCAGCAUGCAAGCCGCAGAUAAAAACGACUACGUUUACUGGUCUACAUACAAGGCAAGCGUCAAGCGAUAUGGAGGUCUUUUCGUCCGACCUGCAAGGAAGGGCCAGGCCAAGUCACACAUUCACUGGAUGGCCGAUGUGCAACAUGCAUUCUGGAGGGGCCACCAUGAGAAGUGGAAACAUGAAUUCACACAGCGACUUCCUGGUAUGAAGCCCAGAGUCCAAUGUGCUGGUCGCAAGGCUUUCGACAGUUGGAUCAAGGACAUCUACGACGACGACACUCUGCCAGGCCCUUACAGAGAUCUGAUCAAAGGGGGCAUGUACAGGUUUGAGAACCUAUUCAACAAGUACAUCUCAGAGAUCAGGAGUCGCAUCGACACUUUCCUCGUGACUUCCCGAGGAAAGAGGAUUACCUUGGCUCGUCUUCUAGCUGAGGACAUGCGACCUGGCUUUGAAGCCGCGGCGGCUCACACGGGCAAAGGAAUUUUGAAGAAGCAGGCUGGUGAAGUCGAGAACCAUGUGGAUGCAGUCAGCUUCACAAUGUUUGAGAGAGCCCGCAAUGAGCUGGAAGAGGAGCUCGCCCAAGAGCUCAAGCAAGUCUCAAAAGACAUGAACCUCUAUUGGGUUGAUAAGAAAACUGGCUGCUGGACUCUCAUCACGAACGAACUGAAGCGCAUGGCCAGGCGCCUUUGCGCCGACAAGGCCAUGAGAAGUCUGACCCCGAAGAUUGGCGAGGAGACCAAGCUUCAACUUUCUGCUCUUAUUGAGGAAUGGAGAGAGGAAUUCGAUGGUGUUCAAGCCCGACUGCCUCAGCAGGAAAUGGCUGAUGAUUUCGAAGAUGACCCGGAUGAAGAUCCCAACAUCAAGUUGGAAGAGGAUGAAGAGACUGGCGAGCUUUACGAGACGUUCGCGCCGGUGAUGGUCAAGAGCGAGCCAAUGACCAACUAG